GUGUAAGACAAUAUAGUAAAAAGGUCACCCAACAUGGGUGCAACCAUAAACUAGCACACGCACACAUACGAAGAGAGAAUCGUUAAGUUUACCUUACACUUUCUUAUUUGUCAUUGUGGGAAUAUUUUUUGGUAACUUGCACAUGGGGAAUUUUUAAAACGUGCUUUUAUUUUGGUAUCACCCUAUUCUGAAUUUGGAAAUACCAGGCCAUAAAAUAUUUUAUUCCGGUUCGGUGCUUGGUGACUUAAUAAAUGUUAGACGUUUUGUAUUAUAAGAAGUCAAGAACUAAACUAUGUCACAAUGUCUGCACACAAAAGAAAGCCUCUUGAUACAAAUGUGCAUGGAAAUUUAAAGAAAUUGAAGACAGGAAACGACAGCACUGAAUUUAAUCAUUAUGCUGAUAGCUGUGGGAAUAAUAUUGACGAAUUACCUUAUUUCAUUAACAACAAGUGGAACAUCAAUUUAGUUGACGAUAUUUCCAAUAAUCAACGCAAUGUUCAGUCAAAGGAAAAUUUAGCUGAUAACCGAUAUAAUGUCCAGCUUUAUGAAAGUAUCGCCACUGGCAAAUGUAAUGAUCAGUCAGAGAAAAAAUUUGCCAAUGACCAGUGUAUUGUCAAUUCAGUUAAAAGUAUCACCAAUGCCCAAUGUACUGUCCAGUCAGCGGAAAAUAUUAACGAUUGCCGAUGUAAUGUGUAUUCAGAUGAAAGUGUUAGCAAUGGUCGACGUAUUGUCCAUACAGAUAAAGUUAUCGCAAAUGCCGAAUGUACUUCCAAGUCAGAGGAACGAAUUACUGACACCCAAUGUAAUGUCCAGUUAGAUGAAACUAUUGCCAACAAUCAAUGUAAUGAUAAUGUUGAAGAUAAUGUUGAAGUAAAUGGUGAUCAUGAAACUCAGGAAUCAGGAGGUGGAGAAGCUGAUCUACACAAAUAUCUUAUCGGAUGUAAGAAGAAUCCAGGUCAUAAACAGUUUAUACCUGUUGAUAAAUUUAGCUUGAAACAUCUACCUGAAGGUUAUCAAGACAAUGAUUUGUAUGAACUAAUUAAAGUAAUUGCUGACUUAACAGUUAGAGUAGAUGUUAAAAUGAUAAGUCCACAGAGACCAAAGUUUUGGCCUCAUACAAAUCAACUUUAUCCCUUUUAUAACAUGAACACAAGAAACUUGAGAACAGGAAGUGGAAGAGUGUGGAUUGUCAACAGGUUUCAAGAUGGUGUGAAAGAAGAUGUAGGAAUCGGAAGUACAGAUUACAAAAAUUGUCGUUGUAGAGAAUGUCAAGAUACAGACUCACCCAGCAAUGUGUGGUGGGAGUUUGAUGUAUUUACCGCCACGCACGUGGUUUAUGAUGACACUGAAGCAAGCCACGCGACUGUAAGAUUUUUUUACGAUAGAGAAGAUAGUCCAGUUGUUAGUGUAAAAAAUAUAAUAGUUAAUAAUGCAAGUAUUGAGGAUGAUUGGUGUAUGCUGAAAUGCGUGACUUGCGAUAAAGGUUUAGGAGAUAAACUGAUGAAAAUAUGGAAAACUUUUGACAAAGUCUGGGAACAGGUUAGGUACAAAUACUUUAGUACUAGAGAUACACACAGAUUAAACUUUAUAGUUUCACAUCCACAUGGAUGUUGCAAACAGAUUAGCAUUGGCCAAUGGAAAGACAAACUAGAAACGAAUUCUAGAACUAAGUUUACAUAUAACACUUGUACAUGUCCAGGAAGUAGUGGAGCACAUGUCCAGUGUGUGGGGUAUAGCGAAGGGUGGUCUUGGGGUGAUCUUGUUCACAGUGGAACACACUCUGGAUUAAAUUACAGUGGGCAGAUUUUUACUAGCGACUUAUUUUCUUUGUAAGUUUUAUAAUAAAACUUUUCCUUUUUACAAAUAAAAAAAAGGUCUAGAUGUUGAUUAUUUUUAUAUGAUUAACUUUAAUCAAAAAUAUUGUGUUAAUAAAAAUUUAAAUGUAUUUAAAAUUUACUAUACAAAUAAUUUAGAGUUACAUUUUAUAAUAUUUUAGUAAUUUUUUUAGUUAAUGGUACUACAACACCAUGAAUAGAGUACGAAAGUAAAAUUUUGUUACGUAUUAGAAGUUUUCCAAAUUUUAGUUGGAUCCACAACAAACCAACUUUUGAGGCCACGGUUAAAUGGAUACAAUUUUAUCGAUAAAUGCUUAAAACAUUGUAACAAAAAAGGACAAAUAAGUACGAUUAUUUCAUUUCAGCCGUUUUAAAAAAUUGUUCUUAUUUGCUUCUCAAUCACAUUUUUCGAAACAAUGCUAUUGGUUAUAUCUUUCUGCUGGACCGCUAAGGCACCACACAAUAUCUGUCAACAUUCCUUUUCCAUUCUUCUCUAUUAUUAGUCUUUAAUAGAAUUUUAUUCUGAUGUUCUGUCAGAAAAUAUUGAAGCCUGUCUUUUUACCAGCCUGGGAGGACCACUUCGAUGGCCGAUUUUGAGUUUGUGUUUCCACACGAACUGUCUUUGUAAUCUUGUUUGAAAAGAUAUUUUCAAAAUUUUUGAUAAUACCUAUAUCAAUCAGAACUUUAUAGAAUCUAAAGGUUGGAGGGUGGAAGGUCGAGGGUAAAAUCGCUGAGAAAAGAAUUACUAGAUGUGACAAGUCAAAAACUCGCUGUCAGAGUCACUCAAAUUUAUCACAGCAUUAAUUAUUAUUUUUCCUUAUUUAUUUAUUUUAUUUUAAUUAUUUCCCCA